GAGGGAGUAAUUCAAACGAGUACAUUGAAGAUUGCAAAAGUCCGUGAAUGAGAGGUAUUCGGUCAUUUGAAAAGCUACAAAACUUUACCCAGAAGCGGACAUUCCAGCGGGUCAGUGUCUAAAAUAUUGGAUGAUCCCACCCAUCAGAUAGAUUUGACAUGGCUGUUCUUUUGUUCUUGGAUGAAUACAGAUUCCAUUCACCCACCACCAGAUCCAGGCACUUUCUUUCAUCUUUUUGAUUAUUGUUGGUGCUUCCUCCUCUCUCUGACACUCCCUUUUUUUCUUUUUCUCAUCAUCUCUUACCCAGAAAGAUGUUUCAAUCUCCAACCCAUUUCUUGAUUAUUACCUGUUUGAAAUUUUAAUACGAUUUUCUGUGAACUAAAUGAGUGUCAAAAUCUCUAGAAAGUCAACGAAGAUGGAGGGUAAAAAUCUCUUCGUCUCAAUCGCUGUCAUGCUCUGCUUUUGCCUUGGCUCCUUUGCCAAGGCCCAACCGUUGAUGCGGGAGCUUAUUUCCGAUUCAAACACUGUUCCGGCGUCUCCGCUUCAAUCGCAAUCGCAGCUGUGUAAGCUUGACUUGUCGGAAGAGCUUUUCAGCGGCGUGAAAGCCGCCUGCCGGGAGGAUCUCGACCGGAGACGGUGCUGCCCGGUAUUGUCAGCGUGGUUCUACGCGGCUUACGCGCACUCGGCGCUUCGGGUCAUCCCCGCGCCGCCGCCGUCUGCUCUAUCGAGUAUCCAGCCGUCGGAGCCGCUCGACAACCAGAAGUGCGCCAACUCGCUCCAAGACUCGCUCCAGCGUCGCAACGUUUAUGUUGGUCAGAUUAACGAAACGUGCGACACCGUUUUGUGCUUCUGCGGCAUCCGCCUACACCAGAUCAGCUCCCUCGAGUGCCCCGCCGCGUUCAACAUCUCCGCCGCCGGCGAAGUCAAACCAACCGCCGCGGUUAAAGAUCUCGAACACAAAUGCCGCGCUUCUUCGUAUUCCGGCUGUACACAGUGUCUCGGAGCUCUCCAGAAGCUUAAAGGCGGGGGUAAAAACGGGACACAAAAAGUUCGAAACGGCGAAAACGGCCGUUUAUCCAAGAUGCUAAACGAGGACUGCCAGCUGAUGGGGCUGACAUGGUUGCUGGCGCGAAACAAGACGGCGUACAUUCCGACGGUUUCGGCGGUGUUGCGGGCGUUGAUGUACAGUGGGCAGCCGUUGACGGAGUCA